CCGCCAGUGGCGCUUCGAUCGCAGCCGGCAAACCGGCGCCGGCGUCAUUUUCUUCCCGUCAUUCAUUGCGUUUCUUUCAUCGGAUUGUGUGUGUUGAACACCGGACAAAAAUCCCUGAAAGAUGGAUGGCGGAGGAAUGCGCGGCAGGGGAGGCUACUCAAGAGGGAUGAGCCGCGGAGACUUCACAAGAGGUCGUGGCGGACCUACAAGAGGCCGCGGUGGACCGCCUGGGGCCUUCAGGGGCGCACCACGAGGCGGCGGAGAAUUCCAGGGCCGUGGACGGGGAGACUUCACACCGCGAGGCCGCGGAGACUUCUCGCGAGGUCGUGGUGGUGCCGGUGGUGACUUCUCUUCACGGGGAGGAGCCAGUGGAGAGUUUGUUCCCCGAGGUCGGGGUUUCACACCACGAGGACGAGGGGGACCUCCCACACGUGGACGGGGAGACUUUACACCAAGAGGCCGCGGAGACUUUACACCCAGGGGCCGUGGGGAUUUCACACCAAGGGGUCGCGGCGACUUCACACCAAGGGGCCGUGGCGACUUCACACCGAGGGGCCGUGGAGAUUUCGCACCUCGUGGAAGGGGCGAUUUCAAUGCUGCUCGUGGAGCAUCUGUGUUGAUGUUUAUCCCGUUUGGGAGCUAG